AGAUAUCAAUGGAAUUGAAAUGGCCCAUGAAUUAAAGUCAGUAUCAGCUAUGGUUGAUGAUAACUUAACACCUUAUGAACUCUUAACAUUUGUGAUAAAUGCAGGUGACUUUGCACCAAACCUAUCCAUUGCCUUACGAAUUUUGAUAACAUUACCAGUAUCAGUGGCAACUGGUGAAAGAAGUUUUUCGAAAUUGAAACUUAUCAAAACAUACUUACGCUCAACAAUGAAAAACGAACGACUUUGUGGUCUAGCCAUGAUCUCAAUUGAACACGAAGUUGGUCAAGAAUUAACAGAGAAAAAGUUAGUCGACGAUUUUGCUAAGUUAAAAGCAAGAAAACAUUUAUAAAAUUAUGAUUUAUUGUUGUAUGAAUUAUUAAUUGUAAAUAUGAACUACCAUUUAUUUUUAUAAAUGUAAAUAAAAAACUUUUGUGAAAAAAAUAU